UUUCUUUAGAUAGCGCUUUUCCACGUUGAUAAUGGAUGAUUAUAGUUUGUUUACGAAGACAAUGUGCUUUUGCUUUUGCUGAAUGCUUUGCUUCCCUCUUCACACCAAUAAGUUUUUUUUAUUCAUCUGCAAGGCAUUCUCGUUGCCAGAGUUUCUACUUAUUUGAUUAAAUUUCCACCGAUAAAGAUACAUCAGUCAAUCAUUGGAAAUGGCACUCGACUUGGAAACCCUUAAUGGACAAAUCUCAUCAAUGAGAGGCUCUGUAAAGCAAGUCAAAACUCAUUUGAUAAACAAGUUGACUCGUGAAGCCAAGAAAUUGCGCGAGAAGAAAGGAACAGAGGAGCAAAAAAAACAGAAUCAAAAGAAGGCAGAUCGUUUCAUCGAAGAAGUCAUGCUUAUGAAGAAAAUUUUACCAGAUGAUGUCUCAAAAUUUGUUUUGAAAACAGAAAAUUGUGAAAGUGUUAUCAGUAAGCCAAAUAUACCCCUUGAGACCAAAGUUCUGGCUAGAUUUGGUACUCAUAAAAUCCUGGUUUCUGUCAUUGACAAAUUUCGUUCGGAACAUCCAUCAUGGAAAGAAGUCAUGGAGGAUCUGGUCCAGAAGGUUGUGAGUAGACCAAAACAGACCAUCUCUGCUCAGAACACUUCUGUCAAGUGUAGUGUAAUAAGGACCCCAGGGAACAACAUUUUCUCUGUCACCCCUGUGAAGCACAUUGCAAGUGAUAAUUCCCAUCAUAAUCAGUCCCCAAAAAAUAAGCAAAGCACACCAAUUUCUACUAAAGGUAAAAAAAGUGUUUUGACAGAUCAAGUGAAUCCGAAAUUUAAAGAAAGUGGCCAGGGAAAAAUUCCUUCAAAGAUAAGCAGUGUUGACAGCUCCCUGAAACCUACAAAUCUACCCAAUUCCAGCGGUAAGGAGACUAGUAAACGUAAAAGUUUUAUGGACUCCUCCUCUGAUGAAGAUCUAGAGAGUGGGAAUAGUGAUGAAUUUGAUCGAGAGACAUUUCAGAAAGCUUUCAAGCGGCAAAAAUCUGAAGACGAAAGUGAGGAUAGUGAAGAAAGUGGUGAAGAGGAAGAAAGUAGUGAGGACAGUAUGGGAGAGAAUGGGGGAGGUGUUGCAGAAGAUAGUGAUGAAGGAAACAGUGACGAAGAAAGUUAUGAAGAGGAGAGUGAUUCAGAUAAUGAAAAUGGAAGUAUUGGAGGACAAUCUUUGAAGAAUCCACUGAAGGGAAACAAAACUGGUGCUACCAAAAUUUCAGGCUUGUCUAGUACAUUUUCGAAGAAGGAUGAAUCCAAAGAUAGUGCUACUUCGCUUGAAAAAACUACAAAAUCCAAAUUAAAUGAAGAACUUGAUGAUGUAGAACGCCGACUUAAAAAGGGUAAAAUGAGUAAAUCCAACUCCAAUAACAAGGAUACUGUAGAAGAAUCUGUUGAUCCAUUCUUCAUCACAACUGAUGGCAAGGAAUACAUCAGCAGUGCUCCAGCCCCAAAAAAUGAAGAGAAACCUUAUCCAAGUAAUUUUCCUCAAAAUAAUUCAGCUCCAAAGGACAUUUAUCGAAAAGGUAAAAAAAUUACUCCCUCCCAUGGUCCUCACAGGAAUUUCAAUGACGGAAAUAAUCGAGGUCGCUUUGGAAGUUAUCAAAAUAGAAACAAUGAUAGAAAUAAUCAGAGAGACUUUGGUGAUAAUGGGGACAGAAGAGAUGCAUUCUUUAAAAAUGAUAGAAAGUCGUUCAACAAGAACAACAGAGGAAACUUCAGUCAUAAUAAUAGAGGAAACUUUUCGAAUGUUAAUGAUAAGAGAAAUUCUUUCAAUAAUAAUAAUAAAUAUGAAAAUUCUGACGGUAGUCGAAAGGGAAAUUUCUCAAAUUAUAAUGACAGGAGGAACUCAUUCAAUAAGAAUGAUGGUAGGAGUUUUAACGGUAACAAUAGAGGAAAACCUUACAAUUACAAUGACAGAAAGAGUGGGCCUGGCAGCAACUUUAAUUCAAAAGAUAGAUUUAACAGCCACAAGCAAGGGCCAAAGUUUGACUCCAACAGGCAAAGCUCUGGAAAUAGUGACCACUUGCAUCCAUCCUGGGAAGCCAAGAAAAAAAUGUCAACACUUGCCCCUUUCCAAGGUAUUAAAACUGUGUUCAAUGAUUAGAAACCACUAUUUGUAGAGAUACUGCUGUGAUUUUUACCUGUAAUUGUUGAGCAGAUUUAUUUGAAAUUAAAUAAAUGUUCCUUCUCUUUUUUAAA